GAAGGCAACACUCGUUUCCCGAAGGUAGCAUAGAUGUGUUAUAAAACGAAACUUAACUUUCCCGGUCCAGCUGAUUACUAUUUCCUUCUAAAUUAGGCGCUGCCGCAAACACCACCUUGACUCGAAGAAAGAAACCUUACAUCCUACAUCGUUAUGGCGUAUUAUAGACAGGGUCAGGAGCCCAAAAGGGAGCAGUUUCGGAGAUAUCUGGAGAAAGCAGGUGUUGUUGACAGUCUGACCAGUGUUCUGGUGGCUUUGUAUGAACACCCAGAAAGGCCCAGCAAUGCUCUGGAAUAUGUGAAGCAGCAUCUCGGGGCCUCUGGCCAGAUGUGUCCAGACACUGAGGCUCUGCAGCAGGAGGUGAGUGACCUGAGGCAGAAGUGUGCACGUCUGGCACAGGAAAACAAAGACCUGAAAACAAAGCUGCAGCACUACGAACCUGUAUCAGAAAAUGGGGCCACAGCUGACUAGACCACAGCAGAGCUUCAGUUUGAAAAAUGUACUUUUCUUUAUGUUGCUGGCACUUUGAAUUUGUCAAGAAUUUUUACAUAGCUGUGCUUUUUUUGUUAGUUCAUUUUUGCUUGGUUUCUUAAAGUCUAACUUAUUUUGUACAUGUAUGUAUAUAAGUUUUUGUCUUGUUAAGUCUGUAGCCUUACUGAGAAACUGUGCUAUUGUAGGUUAUUUUUUAGAGGAAAGGGUUCCAUCAACAGUGUUUGAUUAUACUGCUGGUAAUUGAUAUUUUUCUGGCAUGUGCAUAUACUGUAUAUUAUUAUUAUUAUUAUACAGUACAUAACCACAUGACACACUGUGUGACAAACACUUUCGAAAGGUCUGGUAAAGAGUCAACAAAAUUAAAGUCACUAGUAAAAU